GAAGGUACAUGUUUAUUUCAUUAACAUCGUGUUUCUGACCUAAGACCAUGCCUCCCAUGCAAGGAGAUGAUGCAUUGCACCAGCUGCAAUCCAAUCACUCUAAGCUCCUUGACAAGAUUGAUGAUCUUCGCACCAUUGGAAUCGGGGGUCUGGUGGAACUACCCCAGCUGAUCGUGUGUGGUAACCAAUCUAGUGGGAAAAGCUCCGUGCUCGAGGCUAUCUCGCGCGUGCGGUUUCCUGCGAAGAGUAGUGUCUGCACGCGUUUUGCGACCGAAGUUAUCCUCCGUCGAAGACAAUCGCCCAGCAUCAAGGUCUCCAUCGAACCUGGCCCAUCCAGAAUCGGCGAGCAGGAACGACGGAAUCUCAGGAACUUUGCCCCCGAUGUGUUCUCCAACAGCGACGACCUGCCAAAGCUGAUCGAAAGGGCUGAAGAGCACAUGGGCAUUUCCAGGACGGUCAGUUCUGGAUUCAGCGAUGAUAUACUCAAAGUUGAGAUCUCUGGCCCAGACAAGCCGGAACUGACCCUCGUGGAUCUACCGGGAUUGUACUACUCCACUAGCGAGGAUCAGGGAGAAGAGGGCAAGAAAAUCGUCCGCAGCCUGACAGAAAAGUACAUGGAGAACUCUCGAAGCAUCAUCCUGGCCGUGAUCAGCGCCAAAAGCGACUACCACAUCCAAGAGGUCCUGAAUAUCGCAGCGCAGUUUGAUCCACAGCGUGAACGAACACUUGGCAUAAUCACCCAACCGGAUACUCUGGAAGCUAACUCAAGGCUGGAGGAUAUGUACCUUCAGUUCGUCAAGAAUGAGAAGGUUCGCUUGCUGUUGGGGUGGCAUGUCCUGCGUAACCGAUCUUUCGAGAUACGGGACAUCUCAGACGAUGCCCGAGAUGAGAUGGAGAAAGCAUUUUUUAACAAAGGACGAUGGACCAGCAUAUCUCGCGAAUGGGUGGGGAUUGAUAGCCUCAGGCGUCGCCUUAGCCUGGUUUUAUCCAAACUCAUCCAGCAGAACAUUCCAGGCUUAAUUAAGGACAUCCAACAGGAGAUCUCCGAGCGUCAGCAGAAAUUGUCCAAACUCGGUCCUGCUCGAUCGACGCUUCAACAGCAACGGGGCUUCCUUCUGGAUAUAAGCAGAAAAUUCGAGCGGCUCAUAGGGCAGAGCUUGAACGGAAUAUACGCGGACGAGUUCUUCGGUGGCCUGGAUAGCACGAAAGGGGAUAGGAGACUUCGGGCCGUCAUUCGCGAGUUGAACGAGUUCUUCGCAGAAGCAAUGACGGUCGGAGGCUGCCGCCGGAAAAUCUUGGAAGUCGGCGAAGAGCCGAUGCCAUCCACUGAGAUUGAGAAGCUUCGGACAAACUGUUACAUGAGGAAUUGGAUACCGAUUUAUGCACAACGUUCUACUCUUGAGCGUGAGAUUAGCGAACAAGCGCGACAGAAUCGGGGCAUUGAGCUGCCAGGAAAUGCGAAUCAGUUACUUGUGGGGAGCUUGUUCCGUGACCAGUCCAAACCAUGGGAAGAACUCGCGAGAGACCACUUGAUGACGGCGUGGGAAGCAACAAGAUACCUUGCAUGUCGCGUUCUCCAGCAUCUCACCGACGAAUAUACGUAUUCAAUACUCGUGGGAGCUGUUCUUGAACCAGAAAUAGAUAGUAUGCAAACUGCAUUGCAGCAUAAACUCGGCGAACUCACUGCAUACACGAAACGGGGCCAUCCGCUGCCUGUGGGAACUGGCUUCCUUACUCGAAUUCAGAAAGUCAGGGGUGAACGACAGCUCGCCUCUCUCAAGAGCAAGCUGAUGGGUUUGCAUGAGCAGUCUCCAAUUUUCUUAGGCCCGUCCUCAAUAUUCAGCCUUCAUGAUCUCGGAAGAGUUACGUCGGACUUAGAGCAAUCCAGAGACCAAUUUGCAGCAACUGAAAUCAUCGAUCAGAUGCAAGCGUACUACGAUGUGAGUCUGACAACCUCCUCCAAAGCUAUAAGUUACUAGUAGCAUCUACCCUUCUUAAACCUUUUGUCCUACAGUCUCUCUAAAACAACACGUAUUUAGACUGCGAUUGUCACCUUUGUGGAGAACGUUGCAAUACUGGGCAUCGAGAAUUGCCUUCUCUACCCUCUACAGAGUAUCUUCACAAGCGAAACCGUUAAUAAUAUGGAUGAUAGUAAGAUUCGAGAACUUGCCUCGGAACCGUCGUUCAUUCAAGAAGAACGAGGGCGUUUGACACAGGAGCUUGAGAAGCUGGAAACUGGUCUGCAAACGCUCAAAAUCUUCGACAGCAAGAUGCCAUCGCUACGAAGUCUAAAUCUAACCGUUUCUGGUAAGUUAGUAGUUUAAAAUUCCAGGGUAGGCGUCGGCUUCAUCUGAGAUUAACGGGAGCCACAUAGCUACGUCCGGUCCCGCAGCUGCAUCAGCUACUCCAAGCAUCUCCAACAGGUUUGGUAAUUCAAAGCCAGCUCUCAAGACAUAUCCUUUUCAAGCUCUAGGAACAAGACCGAGCUCGGGAUUCAUGUCUAGCUUGGGGAACAGACAAUCAACAGCAACAGGGCAGCCCUCGCCAAAUGUGAGCCAGUCAGCGCCAGCUGUUGGCAUAAGUUCAAAAAAUACAUCUUCGACAACUACAGGGCUGUUUGGCACUAACCAGGCGAGAACAUCUUCAACGGCUCCACCAAAGUCACUUUUCGGUGUACUACCUAAUGCAGGCUAUGGAAGCACACCUCCGACGACUGGAGGGCUGUUUGGCUCUAGCUGGCGGACAACGCCUUCAGUAGCUUCAUCAAAGCCAACUUUUGGUUCAUCACUUGAUGGAAGCGCACCUCCAAAAUCUGGAGGGUUGUUUGGCUCUAGCCGGGCGAGCACCCCUUUAACAACUACAGAAACUCCCUUCUCGACUAACCCUCAAUCAACUUCGGUAAAUAGCUCGCUUCCGGUGACGGCGGAAGGACAGCUGCCAAGUCGCUCUCAGCCACCGUCUGGGACCAGCUCCGUCAAUACGACUUCAGUUCCAGCGCAAAGUACUGUUUCACCAUGGAGGGCAAGCAAAGCAUAGUUCGCCUUCCUCCGCCUACUCUUGGUGGGCCUGCAAAUACAGACACAGACAGUGGUAGCAGUCGUCAAGCCCUGAACUAAUGCUAACACAAGUGUAUCUUGGACUAGGAUACAGGGUAAAACCCAAUCUUCAAAUGACCUACCUGUUCCUCCAAGCACAAAAAAUCAGUUCAAGUACGAUCAAAACUUUUUUUUUUCUCUUGUUUCUUUCAAGCUCUUAGCUCCUUUCAUACCAACUUGCACGCUUUUUUUUAUCUCAUGCUUGAGUUUGAUUACAUACUUUAUUUAUCAUCCAAAUUGGACUGGGCCUCCAAACCUUCAGCACAAAGACUUCCUUACUUGGCUUUCUUGUAUAUGACAGGGUUUAUCGUGUACCAGACAGCACCACAGGUCAAGAAUCUCACAUGCAGCACAUCGCAUGUUUUAACCCGUUUGCCAAAUACUCGCCUGAGGUUCGUGAGUUGACUUCUGUUUGCAUCCGAUCCUGUAGCCAUCAUGUCCAUUAUCCUAGAGGCCAUACGAGCUAAAACUGGCCCACAUAAGGAGCUUCGACUGGUGGAUUAUGCGCGAGGUGAUGUCGUGUGUUUGUCAACAUCUACUCCAUCUAUGUUGCCUUGAAUAUUUCAUGAUAUCUAGAUCCAAUAGUAAUACAGACGACAGAAAAUGAAGAGUUUCAA